AUGAACGAGCUCGCAACACGUCUCAACGUGCAGCACAAUAUAGUGCUUGCGUAUUGCCCAUGGCGCAAUGGCACAGUCGAACGUGUCAACCGCGACAUCCUGGGGCUCAUGCGAAUCAUGCUGCGCGAAACCAGGCUCAAAGAAACCGAAUGGGACUACUUGCUACCACUUGUCCAAGCCAAUAUUAACCAAACGCCUGUCGCGACGUUGGACCACAUGAGUCCAAUGGAAUGCUUCACCGGCCUGGAGCCCACGACACCUCUCACUACCAUUGAAAUCCAUUCAUCCAUUAUCAACCGACGGCGAGCUGCUGAAAACAAGCGAAUGCCUGAGAAAGCGAACCAAGUGGAGAUGCAAGUCACUGAAGGAGACUUUGUACUCUGGUCAAGAGUCGAUGAAAACAAUCACUACCCGAAGCUACUGGUCACGUGGACAGGACCGUACCGAGUGAUCGAAUGUCUGCCGUACUCAUGUGUCAUAGAACACCUCAUCACUGGCACCCAAAGGGAAGCCCAUCAUUCAAGACUGAAGUUCUAUGCAGAGAGUCACUUUAUGAUCACGGAGGAGAUCUUGGACCACAUCAGCGAGCAAGGAACAACGCUUGCCGUUGGAAAAAUCGAAGACGCGCGAUGCAACCCUGAUUCUAAUCAGUGGGAAUUGCUCAUUCAAUGGAAAGGCUUGGAAAGUCAUGAAUCAAGCUGGGAACAGCUCCCAGCGAUGUACAGGGAGAUUCCAUCCCUCGUACAGUCGUUCGCCGACCAGUUGCCGAACGGCGCGAAACGCGUGGGGUUGGUCGAGGCCCUAGCGCAGUUGUGA